AUGACCUCCAUAAACUUUUAUAAUAACUUGUCCCUUGUCACCCUUCACUUCCCCUCUUCCACCUCUUGCCACUGCCCUGACCAUGUUCACCCUAACUCCAAAUCCGCCGAAUUACCUUGUCUUAUUAACGCUAUGACCUCCAUAAACCUUUAUAAUAACUUGUUGAUACUGACCAUUCUCUUACUGAUGAUGCUACUAGAAGAGCCUUGCAGGACAUUGACUCCAAGCUCAUUAGCCUUGGUCACCUUGCUGGACAGCUUGGCGGAUUUGUUGGUGAGAGUGAGAGUGUUAAGAAAGCCGUUAAGAAUGCUAUUAUCGCUUUCUGUCAACUCUGCUGGCCUGUCUGUUGACACCCGUAAAAUUAGUGAGCUUAGUCAGCGAGUUACUCAAGAAAUUAAUGACAUAAAUCAACGUAUUAAUAGCCCUAAUAAUCUUAAUAAUCUUCCUUCUUCCCCCUCUCCCUCUGCUGAGCUAGACAAAUUGCAGUCCAAGUUGCAGGCUUUGAAGGAAGUGGAGGAGCUUUGUGGAUUUUUGACUAAUCGUAAUAAUGCGUCAAAUGAGCCUAAAAAGCUUUUAGAAAAUCUUUGUUCCGGCCUCGAAACCUUCCUCGGCUUCCACCCUUCUUCCAAAGGCUACGACGGCACUGGGAUUGUCUACUCCGACCUUGACAGGCUGUGUGAUGCAGUGAUGGGAUUUUUGAGUGGUGUGCUAAGUGCGGUGAAAGAUGAUGAAGCAGUUAAAACGUACGAUAAUUACAUGGCUAAAAAGCUUAGUGAAGUACUAAAAGAGGUAAAUAAUAAUAUUGGCUCCGGGCGUACUGGGCUUGUGGCGUCUGUCGGCGCGGUGAAGGGGUGGUUGGACAAUUAUCUCCUUGAAUCAGGAACGCGAACUAGUAGAGUCACCGGCAAUUUAGGUAGGUUGAAAGAUGAAAUUGCAGGUACAUACACUAAUAAUGUUGCAGGUAACGCGGACCAGAAACUGGAGACCCAGUUGACCAGGUGGACGGAGACGCUACAGUCCAUCGAGCUGGACGUUAAUAACACUGAAAACCAAUAUGUUAAUUUAUUAGAUCAUAAACUUAAAAAUACAUUGUUGCAUGAGACGAAUGUAAUUAUGAAAUCUGUGCAGGUGUUACAGAAAAGCGCUGGCAAUGCUGAGUUCAAGAGAAAGGUGCAGGCCGUGGAUGAGGAGUUGAAAUGGCAGAAGGAAAAGUUAGAUGCUUCCGUGAAAGAUGAAACCGCAAAAGUACAGAAAACUUUGCAAAAUGAAUUUGAAAACAUUUUCAACGAAAUUAGACGUCUGACCCAUUGUAAGUGGGAGCACUUCAAGACUCUAAGACCUAAUGUUAUAGCAGCUAAGGAGAAUUUAGUCAAUUUGAAUGUGGAAUUUAAAACCCAGAUUAUUGUCGCACUCAGCGACAUAAAAGGUAGAUUAGAUGUGUUGGAUCGAAGCAAGACGUAUGUUGGAGCGGAAACAGGAAAAUCAAAGCUGCAAGUGGAUGUUGUGAACAUUCGAAGAGAGCUUGGGAGCAUCAGUGACACGCUAGAGAAGUAUGAGUAUGCGCUCAGUGCGUGGAUGAAAGAUGCAAAUAAAUUAAUUGAGAAAGCUAUAAAUGUGGCCGGCGAUAUCCUGAAUAAGGAGCCUGGAAGGGUCAUCCGGGAAACGAUGGAGGGCAAAGCGGGGCAGUUGAAAAAUUGGAAGGACGAAAUUGGAAGGUACCUUGAAAGUGUGAAAACUGAGAUUAAGCAGAAGGUUGAAGCAGCAAAUAGGCUGGUAGCGCCGCUUGAAAAGGUAUAUAAGAAAAAGUUAGUGGAUAUUAAGAAGGCUGUACUGUCGACAGUUGGAGAUCACGAUGAUUCUAAGGAAGGUAGUGACGGCAAAUAUACUGUUUUGGGACUGCUAAACAAGCUGGAUGAUCACGUCAAGACCGGAUUGAUUGCCGCUAGAGAUGAAAUGAACAAGAAGCUAAAGACUUAUAUUGAGAAUGAGUUGCCUGGUGAGGUGCAAAAGGUGCUCGACGAGCUGGUCAAACCUAUAUACGAGAUGCGCAGCUCUGAACAUGCGGGAGAAUUGGGUCUUUUUGUGAAAAAUGUGAGCACAUACGCUGGGCAGUUCAAGGCGACAUUUGAACAGAAGAUUGAAGAUAUGGUAACGGCGAUCGUGAAUGAUCAGAAAGGGGUAAUAAAAAGUUACCUCAAUUGGUAUGUAGAUCGAUGUCACAGAUGUUUCAAUAAAUCUGGUUUCAAUGGAAAUCCGUCGGAUAUUGUUACCAAAUUAACUCCAAUAAUUUCAGUGCAGGUUAAGAAACUCAUUCAAACCCCUCUGACGCAAACAAUCGGCGAUGUGCAUAUAGUUCUAGGCAGUAUCGGAACAUAUCUCGCAGGAGUUGCAGAUGCAGUCGAUGCACGAAAAGUUUUUACUGUAGUGAAAGGUAUUGAAGAUGCGUUGGAAGUGCGGGAACAAGAUAAAACUGCGUCACCUUAUAAAUCAAACCAGAAAUAUCUGACCAUGUCUUUACAAACUAUAUUGACCGCUAUGUAUCAGGCAGUGAAAGGUGCGGCCGACAGACUUCAGACAUUUAUUGCACAAUCGCAGAUUAGCGCGUUGCAUACGGCAAUUGGCAAGGUACAACAACUUGGAAGCGAUGUCAAGAGGGAACUCGGGACUGGUGGCAACGCUGUAUCAUCUUCUUCCAACGGUGCGAAUUUUUCAAAAACGGUUGCUGCGGCUAUUGAUAGCAGCCUGAAGCAAGUAAUAACUGGUAAUGGAACCGACAUCAGUGGAAUAGACUUUAAAGAAAAAACCGGUGUGGAUGCUGGUCUCAUGUCGGAUUAUUUGAAACAGACACAGAAAGGUGCUGCUAAAAAUGAUGAUACCCUCAGGGGAAAGAUUGAAAAUAUCAAAAAGCAUUUUGACGAUAUUAAGCGAGACAGUGAAUACGGUCCAAUCACCAUAAACGGUAUCGAACACGAGGCCAACAAUGAGCUUAAAUCUGCGAUCACCGGCAUUACUACGUAUGCAGACGCAAUAAAUGUUGAAUACAUCAAAAAUGCAUUAGAUACCUUGUCUACGGAAUCCACAGAUAAUCUUAAUGAGAUCACUAAAGCGUUCUCAGAUGCGGGCAGUUUUGUAAGAGAUAAGCUGAAUACGUUGCGAACGUAUAAAAUCGAUGAUUAUCUUAACAAAACAAUGGAAGAUAUCAAAGCUCUCCGAACCACAGAAUUGAAUAACGUCAUCACCACCAGCAUCAAAUCAAUUCUUGUAGUGAUUGAUAGUCUUGAGCAGACGCCGCAAUUUAUCGAUGAGAAAAGGCAACACGUCGAAGAUGUCAUGGAUAAGCUGAAAAACGAAAUUGGCGACAAACUCGAUGCCAUUGAUUCAGCUCUCAAUGAGGCUGAUAAGUAUAUCCAGUCAGGCAUUGAUGAUGUCGAAAACACUGUGCGUGGAGCCAAGAAGCACGCUGUCGAGGCAAUUGAAAAUCUCAAACAUAAUCUUUUAUGUAUGACAGAAUAUUCAUUCAAAUCUGUGACCGCUCAAGUCCGUUCCCUCUUCGCCGAGUCCCACCGCGCCGACCUCUCCGCCCUCAAGACCCUCCUCUCCACCCAGCUCAAGAUCAUCACCUGCACCAUCAACAAAAACCUCAACACCGGCCUGAAAGGCUUCCUCAAGACGCUGAGCGGGGAUUCAAUUGACCUUUAUGCCGCCGGUCAUGAUAUGGAUCGCCGUGUUAAAAAGCCAUCGACACGCAAUCUGCUCGACGAAGUGAAGACCGCUAUUGACGGGGCUCAGCAACAUGGAGAGAAAGUGAAAUCGCUGUCCUCCACAUUCAAUCACUAUUCAGAACACAUCUUCACCUAUUUGCUUAAAGAUAUGGCGAAACAUUUCACUUCUCAGCCUGAUGUCAAUGGAGCCUACACAACGAAUGUCACUGCCAUCCAACACCACCUCACCGCCCUCCUCGACCACAUCAGCGCUCACAAACACUUCGACCACCAGGUGCCCGGGAAGCUCGAAACGCUCAAGACAUCCCUUACCACCUUCACCUCCUCGCACUUCGGCAACGCAUCCUACCCCGUGCUCGACGCCUUUCCCCAAAGCCUGGUGCGGUUCGUCGGGGAGCUGGAGCGGGUGUACGUGAGUAGGUAUGAGGGUGAAGUAUUCACAGAUACGUUGAUGAAGAAGAAAAAAGAUUCUGAUGAAGAAGAAAAGAUUACCGAUUAUGGUACCAAGUUGUCGAAGGUCUGUCUCUCCAUGAUUUCCAUAAUUAACUCGGAUAUAACUUUACUCAACAGUAAGUGUGAUUAUCCUUGCCAAAAAGAUAAAAUAAACGAAUACACGGAAUUGGGAGGUAUAAUGAGGAAAUGUGGAUUUGGUGUUUCCACGACAGCCACUAAACAGGACGGCGAGUUGAGAAACAAAGAUGAGUGUACGGGUUCGCAUAUUCUUGAGAAACUUGGGCGUGUCACUGCAUCGGCAACUAAUAACACAAACCUUAUACAUAAACUUGACAGUCUCAAUCAGCAUCUUCAUGAUUACUACCGCCUCUGCCACAUCAUGUAUCCCUCCAAGAGACAACCGUCCUCCGUGUAUGAGAUGCUCGUAUGGCUUUCAGGGCUACGAUGCAAUCCCGUGUAUGACGAAUUGCUACUUAAUGGUCUCAGUGUACCAUUUGAAGAUCCGGAAAAAGAAACGAAAGAGGCCGGUGAGGACUUUGAAUUUACUGUAGUUGAUCCGCAGUCCUUGUACCUGAAUGCUUACCCCAAAGAAAUCUCAUACAAUCACGUAGUGGCAUCACUGGAAUAUAUUUGUUCGAACGCUUAUGAUCUGCUCAGUACGAUCCUUGGUACCGGUAACACCUACACCUUAUACUCCGUCGACUACUGUACGAACGCACUAAAUCUGCGAUAUCCAUCAGUAGCAGAUGACUGCUUACAUAGCAUCCUCGACAUAUUACGCAGAAUGUUCCCAGUACUACGUUUCAUGCAUGUCCAGUGUAUGAUUGGCGCUGCACAGCACGGCUGGUCCGACUGUAGGUAUGGCAAAGAUAUCCCAUCAGCAAAAAGACCAUGUAUCGACCAUUUAACUGACAAAGAGAAGAACCAAUUAGAUUGCUUGCCAACAUAUUCUGCAAGCGGCCAACCAACGUGUCAACCAAAUUGCCAACCAAAUUCACCACUGAUGAGCUACCUAAAUGACUGCUUGCCGGGGCACCUUCCGCAUCAACUGACCGAUAUCGGCUGCAAAGCCAAAUGUUCUACCUGCCCGAAAUCCACGCCCGGGAUGCCAUGUCUGACACCCCUCGGUUUCAGAGGGUUUUCGGGCACCAGCAAGACAGGGAAAGAGAUCUGUAACGCGCUAGACAAAUUCUUCGACGACAUCCAUCUUUCGUCCCUAUUCAGCUUGGUACCGAAACCGCCGUCUACGCUGCCCGAACACUUUAACUUUGCCUUAUCGCUUGUUACGUGUCUCAAUUCUACGACGCAUGUAGAUAACAAACGUAGACUAACGUUCGGAGAUAAGUUCGGUGCAACCAUUAUAGAUACAUCUAUUAAUCUAUAUGACCAGUCAACUAAACUGACCGAAGCACUGCGCAAUGCUUAUGGUAUCGUUCAGAGCAGCCACACCGGCGAUCACAGCAGUUACGAACUUACACCCUUAUCAAGUUUAUCCAUGAAGAAGUCAUGUGUUUAUCCCAACCGGAAUGUCCACUGUGGUCCUUAUAUCCAGUCCCUUUGGAAUGACUCCUAUACCUAUCUUGCAGAGAAGCAUGCUGAUCAUUAUCUUUCAUGGGCUCUCUACCUACCGUGGACACUUUAUGACUAUCUUCGACGUCUAUUGCAAGAUUUUCAAAACAUCUCCUGCCGGGACUGGGGAUGCAGCAGAUGCCAACAUGGUGGAAAAUGUAUGCCGGGUAAACACGGCGUCGACUAUAACUGUAAGUGCAGAUCGUUGGUCGGUUGUCGCGGCGUCCAGAGCACAUUUUAUCGUUACGGAUUUACAUUUGGCAAUUCGAUGACGUUAUUGGAAAGUAAUGGUAUAAGAUAUUGCCGUGAUUUCAGCAAUCAACUGACCAACGUCUUGAAUUCCGAAUAUUUCAAAACACUGUUCGAAAAGUGCGACGAAUUCAUCUUCACCAUCAGGCAGCCGUUUAUAUGGCUCAAUGUAGCCCUCUGGUCGCUGUCCCUCUUCUACCUGAUUUGCGUAAUGCUUGGCAGACUGGAUGUGCUGCAUAUCAAGUCACACCUGAGGAUACCGUCAUCGCACAAGAUAACAGCGCAGUCAUUAUUGGCGGCAGCGCAAGUCGGAAGGCUUGCCAAGAUAUCGUAUCUACAACCGUAA